AAUGUGACCAUGGCCUGUAGCCCCUGUUCAUAAAGAAGCUGCACAGUGGAAGAGAGAUCAAAGGAGACAGAGACGACCAACAGGAUGAAACUGAGGGGGAGGUCAGCUUGGCCUUGGCAGGUGGCCUUCCUUGUUGCCUUGGUGAUGCUCUACGUUGACCCAGUGUCUGCUGGCAACCGUAACCAUCGGGGACCGACAGCAUCAUACCAAGUGAAGCAGGGGACAUGUGAGGUGGUGGCGGUGCAUCGCUGCUGUAAUAAGAAUAAGAUUGAGGAGCGCUCUCAAACCGUCAAGUGUUCCUGUUUCCCAGGGCAGGUCGCUGGCACGACCAGAGCCAGACCCUCCUGUGUGGAAGCAUCCAUUGUAGCCCAGAAGUGGUGGUGCCACAUGCAGCCAUGUAUGGACGGGGAGGAGUGUAAGGUCCUGCCUGACCUGACUGGUUGGUCUUGCAGCACUGGCAACAAAGUCAAAACCACCAAAGUCACUCGAUAGCAAGAGAGCCACCGAGCCAUGAGGAAACAUGAAUCUUUCUAUGUGGAAAGGAUGGAUGACUUACACAUAUUGUAUUUACUGUAAGAUGGAGACAAUAUCAAGAAAAGGACUGCUGUCAAGAUGUCCAUCACUAAACAAUGGGAUAAAAUGUACUCAUCACAAACUGUGUUCACUUGGCAAUAUGGAGCCACUCGUCCAGCAUAUAUAAUAUGCUGGUUGUUGAGACCAGUGGACUACAAUCAGGGUACCAGUGGACAACAAAGUGACUCUUAUUUUCAGUAAUGAACUGUUUGGAUUAAUCAAAAACACUGGAUUUCAAACACUAAGCAUUUCAAAGUAUAUAUUUCAACAAAGCUUUCUGGGAUGAGUGUAAGAUGUUAACUAAAGGUGAUGCUGUGAGUGUUGCUGGACAGAAUCCAGACCUCUUGAACUGCAAGCAGAGGAGGUCAUCGAAAGUGAUAGCAGCUUAUAACUAGCAAAUAGCAAAUUAGAAUCAAAUCUCUUUGGGGUCAAGUCACUACCGCGAAGACUGUUUUGCAGGAGUCAUUUUGCAGUUCUAAUUAGGAAUUGCAGUAGGAUCAUAACAACAUAUUAAAAAUUCAUGUAAGAUAUUUGCACUAGUCGAAGCCGUUUGGGAAUGUUUUGUUUUUCUAGAUAUCGCCCAUCUUUUUGUUGUGGAUGUCACAUGAAACUGAAGGUGAACAUUUUGUAAAAUGUCUGACACUUGAAGUAGAUAAAUAUGUAU